AUGUAUCAUAUUUCCUACAUUAUAAGUGAAAUCAAUAUCAUAAAUAAUUAUAUUCAUUUAGUUGAAGAUAAUACAAUUUUAUUAAAUAAGAAACAAAGUAAAAACGAUAUAAAUGAAACAGAAUUUGGAAAAAUUUUAAAAUCAUCUAACAAUAAAAAUUUAUUAAAUGAAAUAACAAAUAAUUUAGAUUCUUACGAACAUAAAAAGGAAUAUCAUAAUUACAUUAUUAAAUUGAGUAGAAAGGAUGAUAUAGACAAAAUACAACGAGAAAUAAUUGAAUAUUUCAUACAUUUUUUAAUUAAAGUACGCUCUCUUACACAAGAGUUAGAAAUAUAUCUAGAAAUUGAACGACCUGUAAUGAUUAAACAAACUUAUUAUUUUUAUGAAAUUCUUAAGGAUAUACAAUCUGCUAUUAAUAAUUCUCAAGAUAUAACUUUGAAAAAGCAACUAAUUUUAGACUUAUAUAAUCAACAUAAAGCAGAACAUAAGAAGCAUGAUUCAUAUAUUAAACAGUUUCCUAACAAUUUAUUACAAAUACAAAAAAAAAUAAAUGAAUUUAUUGAAAACAUUUUAUGUCAAUUACUAAGUGAAAUAUCACAUAGAGAAAAAAGACAUCUAGGUGAUAAAAAAAUUAAUCGAGCAUUUGAAACACAUCUGAGGUCUUUUAUAAACAGAAUAAAUAUAAUUCUUCAAAGUACUGGUGAUCAAUACAUACAAAUAUUUGAAACAAUAGAAGAACAACAAAAAGAAUUAAGAAAGAAAGAAGUAGAAAUAGCUCAACUAAAAGAGAAAAUGAUGGAACAGCGAAGAGGGGAAGGUGACUGUUUAAAUACAUUUGAAAAGAGAAUUGAAAUAAAAGAACAGCUAUCAAAAGUAACUGCAGAACUUAAUAAAAAAGAUGCUCUUAUAUUACAAUUAGAAGAACAGCUUGAAGUAUUUAAAAAUAAAUUCUCUAUAUAUGAUAACGAGUGCAAUGCGCUAAAGAAAGAGUACAAAAAUCUAGAAAAUCUAAAAAACAGAUUAUUAAAAAGAUGUCAGCAAAACAGAAAGCAAUUAUCAAUGAAAAGUAAACAAAUUAAGAAUUUAUCACAGCAGGUUCAGAAACAUCUUAGAACUAAAAAUUUAAAAAUUAUCCUGAAAAAUAAAAUUAGAGAAAUGGAAAAAAGAUUUAUUGACUUACAAUAUGAAAAUAAUAAAUUAAAAACGAAUAUUAUGCAAAGGAAUAUAAUUAUUUCCACAAAGGAUAAAACUAUAAUUAAUUUAAAAAAUAGUAUUAGUAAAACUAAUAAUAUCUUAUCACAAAAAGUUACUCAGUAUGAAAAUGUAAUGGAAGAGAAACAUCAUGAAAUUAUAAAAUUGGAAGAUGAAAAUAAGUUAUUAAAUGAAAAAGUGAAAGAUAUUGAGCAUAAACUCACAGGAAUGAAUCAAGCAAUUAUAUCUUUAACUGAGCAAAAUGAUAAAAUUAAUAUCAUAUAUACAAUGCAAGAACAUCUUACAAAAUUGGAUAAGAAUGAGGAGAAACUAAAAGUUCAACUCAACAAUUUUAGAACACAACUUAUAACUGUCCAAAAUGAUAAUAAAGAACUUAAUACUUGCUUAGAUACUUAUCUGCAUGAAAAUGAAAUCUUGAAAAAAAAUGUGGAAUAUUGGAAAAAUGAAAACUCUGAAUUAUCAAUUACACAAUGUAAUGAAUUAAUAAAAGAAGAACUAAAAAGCAAAUUAUAUAUUCUUUCAUAUAAAAUACAUGAAAACCUAUUAAGAUUUAUAAAGCUGUCUAAUUUAGAAAUAAAUUCAGCAAAUAAUAGUUUCAUUAAAGAAUUACAAGAUAAAUAUAUAGUUCAUCAAGACCAAGAAGUAGUAUUAACUAUAGAUAAUACAAUUAAAGACUUACAAUUGGAAUAUGGAGAUUUAAAACGAGGAAUAAAAGAAAAUGAAAUAGAAGACAUUGAAACAGAAUUAUUGAAUAAUAUAAAUAUGAAAGAAAAAAUGCUCAAAAAUGAUUAUAUACCAUUUGAGCAAUUCAAUUUUUCAAAAGAUAAUUUAAUGAUGAAAUAUAAGAUAAAACAUCUAGAAAAUGAAUAUAAUGAGAACCAAAAUGAAACCAAGAAUAAAGAUUUUGAAAUACAACAUCCUAAAGAAAUCAUAAAAUACUUAAUACAAGAAAAUGCUGUUCUUCGUGCUAGCCUUAAAUCUCAGAUGGAAGAAUAUCAAAACAAGUUAACAUUAAUGAAGAAAAACUAUGACAGUAGUUUAAAUGCACUUUGUGAAAGACAUAAAGCAAAUGUUGAAAUUUUACAAAAGCAAUUUGAAGAUGACAUAAAAAAUGAAAAGAUUUUUGACUCAGAAAAUUGGUUACUAUCAUUGGAUAUGAAAGAAUUAAUGGAAUUGUACGAACGGAUAAGUGUAAUUUUGAAUAGCAAUGCUAAUGUAAUUCACAUGCAAAAUGAAAAUCAAUGUUUGUAUGAUAACAGUGUUCAACAACAAUUUUAUAUAAAACAGAAUGAAAUGGAAAAGGAAUUCAAAAUUUUACCAAAAAAUACUUAUCAAGAUGAGGCGAAACUUAAAAAAAUAGUGUCCCCAGUUUUGAAAGAAAAAAAUACAUACUUCAAUCAGUGGCAAUUUAUUGCUUCCAGUGAUAUUCAAAAAUAUUCAACUUUAAAAACACAAAAUUAUAAAUCAAGUUUAGAAUAUAACCUUGAAUACUUCAAUAAUGAAGAAAAAUCUUCAGAAUUGGAAAUUAAAUAUGAGAAAGAAAAACAAAUGGAGAAAGACACCACUUUUGAUCAACAACGAUGGAAUUUUAUUAAUCAAUGUAGCGCAUAUCAUAAAUUGAGUAAUAUCUGA